UUACUUGUAAUAAAAAUCUAACUAAUAUAGAUUCACCAAAAUUUAAUUAUAUAAGUUACACUUUCCUGGUUCCGUGUGUUAUUGGAAGUAAAUGGACAAACAUGAUAAAAACAUAAAGCUAACCACAAGCCAACUUUUGGAAACAGUCCGAAUAAAGCUAGACAGGCUCUCCCAUAACAAUUUUUAUAAUCAUUCUACUUCCAAAACUUCGGUGGAUGAUUAUGAUCCUAACAAAUACCCGAUUCAUGUGAGUGCAAAAGCUCAAUCAAACCUACCACGUGGGCAUCUACAGCAAAAUAAAAAAACACAUCCACCGCAAAAACUGUUAAAUGAUAAUACCAAAAAGAAUAAAGUCAAAACAGACUCUCGGAGAAAAGAUUCUAAAUAUGGAACCGUUACAGAGAAGCGAAAUAAAAGUAAAGGUCGUGUAAAGUAUGCUCUUCCAACCGAAAUUAAAACUUUAGUGAAAGCAUCCGACAUGCUUUUGCAAUCAUCGCAAUCUGAUAUUAAUGUCCAAAAGAAACAAUCGGAAGUACAGUCAAAGGAGGUGCGCUUAAAAAAAGAUGACAUGUUAUCAACUUCUAUAAGUUCACAUUUCUCUACACGACCAAGGAAGAAAUAUGAUUUUCCAAAAUAUGAUGCAAUAACUAGUCACAUGCUUAAAAAAGCACCUAAAAAGAAUGUUGAAAAAGUAUCAACUUUAUCUAAUCAGCAAAAACCACAAAUACUAAAUAUUUCUUCUCAAAGUGUCAACGACACUGUUUUUAAAAGAGAUUCAAUUAACAGUACCUUGCAAACAUUUCUAACCAGACCACUCAAUACUCAAGAAAUACCAGAAAUGCAAAUUGAUUUGGAAAAUAAUUAUAAGCUCAUGCAGCGAGUUAGUCUUAAGUUGGAGUCAAUAGAUUUCACUUCACUAAGGAAUCAAGUCAGGGGCAUAAAUUUAAAUACCAUAGAAAUGAAAAUUGAAGAUCCAAUAAAAAUUAUAAAGCAGAAAGAGAGAAAUUUAAAGGAUGUUCCCGACUUAAAUAAUUUUCAUGAUGUAUGCAAUGUUCUAAGUUGUAUGGAAAGAUGUCCACGUUACCGUCUACCAAAAUAAUAAUUUAGAACUUAUCGUUUAUUUUUUAAUCUAUUAUAUGUGUUUGUAUACAAAAUUUGAGAAGAACAAUAUUACUAUAUUUUUAAACAGCCGUAAGAUGAUACGAAUCAUUCUUUUGAUAUUCUAUAUUAUUAAUGAAAA